AUGGCGGUGCGCGUGCUCCUGCUCGGUGAUGACGUGCUCCCUAGCUCGUCGCCUGUUGCCCAUCGUUCCCUGUACCUCACGUACCCGUCUGCCGGCUCCCCACCAGCGUUGAGCUCCUCUGCUUUGGGGCUCUCGCACGAUGCCCCACUGCUGAACUCGCCCACGCCCACGCCGCACACAUCGACGCACCGGAGUCCGCCACACACGCACGUGAUGGACGCUGUCGCAGGCUUCGAGGACAGGCGAGGGUUCUGUGGGGAACUGAUGCAGGACAUACGAGGAGGCUGUGUCCUGCGGGCACCCUAUGCGGGCAAGAGGUGCCCCCGUGAGGUGUACCUCUGGGGCACCAGUAGCGCAGGUGCACCCUCCGCACAAGCCAUCACAAAUGCUCCCUGA